AUGUCUCUUCCCCAGCGCUACCGCAUUACCGCGAACACGAUCCCCGCCGUUGCCAUCGCCGACGCCUUCGCCCUCUCGGGCACUAGUGUCGAGCACAAAUCCUGCAUCCGCUGCGGCGAGAAUGAGAAGCUCUGGCACCGCCUUCAAUGGCUUGACUGUCCCAGAAAGUGCGUGCUCUGCGGACGGGCUGAGCACCGUGGUGACUUCUGCUUCCGUAUGCCAAAUUUCUUCCCCGGGGUCUUUACGCGCGCUUGGUUCGCGGAGCACGCGGCAUUGGGUGGGUGGCUCCCAUGGGAGAACGAGGGAUACGAGUUCUACAUCCUGGUGCGGGAUGAGGCAUUGCGGCAGCUGGAAUAUGCGCCGUCGACGAAGACAAAGCUAGCGAACGCCAUUGCUGAGGCGGAGAAGGCUAGGGUAGAGAAAAUGGAGGGAAAGACGAAGAAGAUGAAGAUAGCGCUGCAGAAGCAGCUCAACCAAGUGCGGGUCAGAGAUCAGGAUGAGGAGAAAGCGUAA